AUGGCGCUGCGCAACAGGAAGCUGGCGGUGAGGGCCAACCUAUCUUGCUUUGACUUGAUCACUAUACUGGAGUCCGUCCGCACGCAGUGUCCGAAGCUCAUCUACCUCGGAAUAUGGUACCGUGACGGCUUUGUGUACGUGUACGCCCAAGGCGCAGAGCGCAUGUCCGACAUCAUGCUCGCCAAAGCACUGGAGGGCCACAUAGUUUUUACCGAUAUCUCCACGUUUGAUGCCCCCAUAAGCGAGCCACAGGAAGAGUGGCGCGCCAAGCCAGUUUGUGGAAAUAAGAAAAUUGAGGUCAAAGCCAACACCACCGCGGUAUUCGUGCACCCUUUGGGCAAGGAGUCUCUGCAACACGCCACUAGCGACUUCAUCGCCGAUUUGCUGAGACCCCUUCCCGGUAUCGAUGUCUUCAAUAAGUUUGGGUUGAAGCUCUACUCACUUCACCAAAACAUUAACUUCAGGGUGCGCAAAGGGGACAAGAACGCCAGGGUGUGCUGCAGCCGCAAAGGGUGGAUCACCGUCCCCAGGGAAGAGGCAUACGAUGAGAUUCUACAAAUCUUGGUUAAGAAGACUCGGGAAGCUGUGAGCAUUAUCCUUGCCUACAAGGACUCCGCCUUUCCCGAGCAAAGGAAGUUGUACGAAAGGAGGCGCAUUCUCAACAACAUCGCUGUCAGCGUGACCGACAACAUGCGUCGGAUGAGCGGCUGGAGCGACAAGAAGCGCAAGCUCGUUUACAAGGCGCCCCCAAAGCACGCUCGACGUACCAGUCAGUCAUCGACUCAAAUCAUAUAA